AGGUUCUUCUUAACCUUAUAUGCCGCAGAAUCUGGCUUGAAAAAUUGAGUCUUUGGAAAUAUAAGAUGUUCAAAAAGUAUAUCUUGCUUUGUCAAGACUUCCUCAGUAUAGCUGAGCCUUUCAUUGACAGUAACAUCUUGAAUCAGCUGAAAUGUAAUUAUGCACAUGAAAUUGAUUCAAAACGUAAAUUGAGCCAGACAAAGGACCUCAAAAAGUUUAUCAGAUUACUGGAAAAACGAAAUAUUAUGAGUUACAGUAAUAUAGAGCCAUUAUGGUAUAUAUCAAAAAGAUAUAUUCACAAGUCUGAUUUAGAAAGCAAAUUGCAAGGUUAUGAAAGCUGGCUGGAGACUGUGUCAUCAUUACCUUUAUGUAAUAUAUAUCAAAGUGAAGUUUUAAUAUCAUUACUAGCAUCAGAAUUUAUUUGCUCAGAAUAUGCAGAAUAUGCAGAAUAUGCAGAAUAUGCAUGCAAUUCUAUGUUAUCUCAAUUGUUAAUAGAAAACUCAACUAAACCAUUCAGUAAUAGUUCACAAACAUUAUAUUCGUGCGCGUCCAUACACACAACAAAAAUUUUAAAAAUUUAUAUAUUGCAAUCCGACACUGAGCAAUGGGCCAUAAAUCUAAUACGUGCCUUAGAAAAGGGAAGACGGAGAGAUAUUAAAGAACUUGUGGAGGAAUUGAUAUUAAAAAAUAAGAGUAUAUGAUAUCAAUACAAGAUUUUUCUGUGUUAUAUUAGAGCUAAUAUAUAUAUUUCCUUUUCUGAAUUGAUGCUUUAAUUUAUCCUGUUUUCCAAUCAAAUAUGACAUAAUUUAACAAUGAACAAAUUUGAUAGUAUAUAAUAGAUAAUUUAAUGUACAAAGACAUUAUAUAACUAAUAUAAAUAAAAGUACGAAAGC